UCUACCAAACACCAUAAUAUCUUAAACCUUAAUUCUCUCUCAACACCUGUCCUAAAAUAAAAACAUUUGGGUGUCAAACACCAUAACCCCCAAAACUAAAUCUAUAUUUUUUCCCCCUUGGUUAUCCUGUAUCAAUUCACAUUUUUUCUUCCCUAACAUCAAAACAAAAUUAAAAUAAUCACCACGGGAAAAUUCAUCUUUUAAUUAACACAAGUAGCUCCCUUCUUCAAAAACUGAUGGCCUGUAGUUAUGACUCAGCGCGUAUAAUAAUAUCACUAGUUGUGUUGGUGGUGUUGAGUUUAUCUUCAAAGAGUUGUUGUCACAGUUUGGGCACAUUCGGGUUGGAUAUCCAUCACAGAUUCUCCGAUCCAGUUACUCAAAUUCUAGGCAUUCAUGAAGAUGAUCAGUUAUUAUUACCUCGUAAAGGAACUCCUCAAUACUAUGCUGCUAUGAUUCAUAGAGAUCGCCUAUUUCACGGCCGUCGACUUGCCGCCGAUCAACAUACGCCGAUCACUUUUGCUGCCGGCAAUGAAACCCGUCGGAUUGCUGCCUUCGGAUAUUUGCAUUUUGCCAAUGUUUCGGUUGGGACACCACCUUUAUGGUUUUUGGUGGCAUUAGAUACUGGAAGUGACUUGUUCUGGUUACCUUGUAAUUGUACCAGUUGUGUGCGCGGUAUAAAGACACAAACUGGAAAGAUAAUUGAUCUUAAUAUCUAUGAGCUUGAUAAGUCAUCUACAAGGAAAAGUGUUUCAUGCAAUAGCAACUUAUGUAAACAAAGUCAAUGCCCUUCUUCAUCUCGUAGCAGUUGUCGGUAUGAAGUUCAAUAUCUUUCAAAUGAUACCUCAUCUUCUGGAUUCUUGGUAGAAGAUGUGUUACACAUGAUUACAGAUGAUGAUCAUACAAAAGAUGUUGACACACAAAUUACUAUUGGUUGUGGCCAAGUUCAGACUGGUGUAUUUCUAAGUGGGGCAGCUCCAAAUGGUUUAUUUGGACUUGGUAUGGAAAAUCUAUCAGUUCCUAGCAUCCUAGCCCAAAAGGGACUUAUUUCAAACUCUUUUUCAAUGUGUUUUGAAUCUGAUGGUUCCGGAAGAAUCACUUUUGGGGAUACCGGAAGCUCGGACCAAGGAAAAACACCAUUCAACCUCAUGGAAUUGCUUCCAACAUAUAACAUCACCGUUACACAAAUUAUUGUGGGAGGAUAUGCUGUUGAUCAGGAGUUUCAUGCAAUUUUUGACUCUGGUACCUCAUUCACAUACCUAAAUGACCCAGCUUAUACACUAAUUUCUGAUAAGUUCAAUUCUCUAGUCAAAGCAAAUCGACAUUCGCCUCUAUCACCUAAUUCCGAUUCCGAUGUCCCCUUUGAAUAUUGUUAUGACAUAAGUCCAGAUGAGACAAUUGAAGUUCCCUUUUUGAAUCUAACAAUGAAAGGUGGAGACAAUUAUUAUGUCACGGAUCCAAUCGAACCGAUUGAAGGAAAUCUUCUUUGUUUGGGAAUACAAAAAAGUGACAAUGUGAAUAUCAUUGGACAAAACUUCAUGACCGGUUACCGUAUAGUCUUCGAUCGCGAGAACAUGAAUCUUGGUUGGAAGGAAUCUAACUGUACUGAUGAAGUGCUCUCCAAUACAGUACCUACUAAAAAAUCCCUCUCUCCUGCUGUUUCCCCUGCAACUGCUGUGAAUCCUGUGAUUACAUCAGACCCAUCAAGUAAUACUGGCAGUUUUUCACCUGAUCAGUCAUGUAGGAUGAAGCUUACUUUUGUAUAUAUGGUGGUCCUUCUUACUCUUACAACUAACUUUUAGCAUCUUUCUGUCAUUUUAUCAUGUAUUGAUUAAAUUAAUAGGCUUAUUAAUUUUAGUAUACGAGAUGCAAUAUUGCUUCCUGCUCUUCUGUAUAGUUUAAUAGCAUUAAUUUGAUCAUGGGUUUGUAAAUAAUAUUCCUAGCAAUAGCAUAGUUGUAAACUACAGAAAUUCGCAUUCUCAUAUUAUAUAUUAAUACAGCAGUUGGUUGGCAUCUUUGUUUGUGUUUUA